GACAAUGCUGCUGCUGCUGCUCCUGCUCCCUGCAGCCGUCCUCUUGCCACUCAGGGCUCAAGCUGGGCAGAUCAUCGGUGGGAGUGUAUCCUUGCCGCACUCCAGACCCUACAUGGCCUACCUGGAGGUGAGCAUGGGCCCGGUGAACACACAGACGUGCGGAGGGCUCUUGGUGAAGAGCGACUUUGUCCUGACGGCUGCUCACUGCAGCUGUAUUGCAGGCAACAUCACAGUCGUCCUCGGAGCCCAUAAUGUCCACGAGCCGGAGGAAACCCAGCAGCGCCUGCAUGUGCGACGCAUCGUCCCCCACCCAGAAUUCACCAGGGACCCCUUCACCAAUGACCUCAUGCUUCUGCAGCUGGAGAAGAAGGUGGAGGUGACGGAGGAGGUGAAGCCGCUCAGGUUGCCCUCGGUUCAUUCCACCCCGAAAGCGGAGGAAAAGUGUGUGGUAGCCGGAUGGGGGCUCACUAGCCCGAAUGCCAUUGUGCCCCCUAGUACCCUGCACGAAGUGCAAGUGCAGGUACUGGAUGAGGACACGUGCACCACGUUUUAUCCUGGCUAUGAGCACGCCAGCAUGCUGUGUGCAGGGAGCCCCUUCCAGAGGGGAUCGGCUUACAUGGGGGAUUCCGGGGGUCCCCUGGUGUGUAACGGGGUACCCCAGGGCAUUGUCUCCUAUGGACGAGUGAACGGUUCUCCACCUGCGAUAUACACACGGCUUACUAAAUUCAUCCCGUGGAUUAGGCGACAGAUGCGAUUGUUCAAGCAGUAACUAAGACACACAUCAAGAGAGAAGUACAUUGCCCAUGGACCUCACGUCCCUGUUUGAAACAGAGUUGU